CUUGCUUUCUGGUUGGUCGCUUAUCAAUGUUUUCAAAAUUUGUAUAAAACUGACUGAAAGUUUUUCAGUUGAAAAAACGAAUAUUGUCUCCAUUUACAACAUUCAAAGUUAAAAUGUUGACAAGCACAGAUGUCACACGGAUGACAGUAGUGACAGCUCUUGUGGCGGUCGUGACACAUGGGGCUUGUCUUCAGUCGUCCUUGAAGUCAGACAAGCCAAAAUUGGAUGGUAAAAUUGUUGGAGGAUAUCAAAUCAACAUAACAGAUGCUCCACACCAAGUGUCACUGCAGACUUUUUCACACAUCUGUGGUGGAUCGAUAAUUUCACCAAAGUGGAUUCUCACGGCAGCUCAUUGUACAGCUGGGAAAACAGCUGAACGAUUCAAAAUACGUCUGGGCUCCUCAGAAACCGAUAAAGGUGGUAAAGUUUUGAGAGUCACGAAACUUGUCCAACAUGAGAAGUUCAACUACUCCUCGGUGGACUACGACUUUUCACUUCUCGAACUGUCCGAAGAAAUCGUGUUCAGUGACACAAUGAAGGCCGCGAGUCUUCCCGAAAGCGAGGAAGAAGUCUUCAUGGAUGGUGAUUUGUGUCGUGUCAGUGGAUGGGGCAAUACGCAGAAUCAAAACGAAUCCCGGACAUCAUUGCGAGAAGCCGAAGUACCAAUUUUCAAUCAUGAAUUGUGCUCAGAUAAGUAUAAAAAAUUCGGUGGUGUCACCGACCGUAUGAUUUGUGCUGGCUUCCUUGAGGGUGGAAAGGAUGCGUGUCAAGGUGAUUCGGGAGGACCUUUGAUUAAUCAGAAGGGAACCCUAGUUGGUGUUGUCUCCUGGGGUUAUGGUUGUGCUCGUCCUGAUUAUCCAGGAGUUUAUUCCAGAGUAUCGGCUGUAAGAGAAUGGAUUCGCGAACACAGCGGGAUAUGAACUGAACGUGCUCCUCUUUUGAAACGCAAUAUACUUAUUAUAAUUC